GUUGCAUUCAUCGUUUCUGUACAGCACUGUGUGCCUUCGUCUCGACGUCUAUCCUUAACAUCCCUUUUCAUCCCACGAACGAACAAUCGCCAAUAUGGUUGCCUUUUCUCGUCUCACCUGCACUCUGGCCGUCUGCGCCCUCGGCUCCGCUUUCCAGAGCGGCGAGUCCCACGCUCCCUUCCCGACCGGUGUUAUGCCUUCGGGCUCCGGCUCUGCAUCCCCCUCGGGCUUUGGAGGUCACCACGGAGCAGGUGGCCACGGUGGACAGCACCACAGUGGAUCCGCGAUGCCAACUGGUGGCUUCUCGGGCGUCAACGCGGCUGAGUUCCCGAGUGGUUUCCCAACCGGAUUCCCUACCGGUCUCCCUAGCGGAUUCCCCACUGGACUCCCCAGCGGUUUCCACCACGGCCACAGUGGACACCCAAGUGGAGCCGCCAAGCCUACAGGCGGAUUCGGCGGCAGCCUCCCCAGCAACAUGCCCACUCCCGUCUCUGGACUCGAGAAGCGUGCUACUCCCCCGGCUCACGUCUCCGGAACCGCUCCCGCCCACCACUCGGGAAGCCGUCCCUCCGGUGGCCGUCCCUUCGGAACAGGACGUCCUUCGCACGGCCCCAGGCCCUCGGGCAUGCCUUCGGGUAUGCUUUCAGGCAGGCCUUUCGGCACCGGCGUCCCGCACUCCGCGCCCACCGGCUUCGCUACCUCGACCAUCCGCGGCGCUUAGACAAACAACAUCGUUGACUGAGAAGAAACAUAGUGGGGAUUUUGG